AUUUCAUAUUCAAGGUGCGGCUAGUUCACUCAACAGGUGUCUGAGUCAGGGCAUCGGCAACGGCUCUUAACGGAUUUUUCCCCUAACAUUUGUUAAUUUAACGUCGGAGGAUUACGAAAACAGCUCAUUUGGAAAAGCAUUAGGCCUAUAACUAUUUGCUGAACUGCUGCUUUCAGAUAUAGUUUAUUUUUUAAGUUCAUUGUGAGAAUAUGGCAAAUAAAGGACUGCAGCUCCUGGGAUUUACUUUAUCGCUUCUGGGGUUGAUUGGGCUCAUUGUUGGCACAAUCUUACCCCAAUGGAAGAUGUCUGCCUACGUUGGAGAUAAUAUAAUCACAGCGAUAGCGAUGUAUCAAGGCCUUUGGAUGUCGUGCGCUUUCCAGAGCACCGGACAAAUGCAGUGCAAGGUGUAUGACUCCAUCCUACAACUCGAUAGUUCUCUCCAGGCAACUCGUGCCCUGAUGAUUGUCGCAAUCCUUCUCACAGUAGCAGGACUGGGUGUGGCCAGCAUGGGCAUGAAGUGCACUAACUGUGGUGGUGAUGACAAGGUCAAAAAGUCCCGCAUUACCAUGACAGGCGGUAUAGUCCUCAUUGUUGGAGCCCUCUGUAGCAUUGUUGCCUGUGGCUGGUUUACAAAUCGAAUCGUCCAGGACUUCUAUAACCCCUUCACACCAGUCAACACGAAGUAUGAGUUCGGUGCGGCCAUUUUCAUCGCCUGGGCAGGUGCGUUCCUGGACAUAAUGGGUGGAGGCAUGUUGGCUGCCUCCUGCCCAAAGGGUAAAUCAUCUCCCAAGUACCCCAAGUCCUCCAGACCUCCCAGCAGCAGCAAGGAGUACGUUUGAGCCAUGGCGACAGUUCACAAGCUGGAGAAGAUCAUAAUGAAUCCUAGAGCAUCUGUAGAAGUUUCCCUAGUCAGCUGAUCUCAGAUCUGUUUAGAUUUUAAUUUCUUGUAUUGUGUUUGACUUAGAAUAGAACAAACAGCUAAGAUCAGUGUCCUUGGGAAAAUUUUACUUAUGCUCAGAUACAGUAGCCCACCUCAGAAAAGGAGGUCACUUCCGUUUUCUUUCUUUUGAUAAGCACCAAGUCUGUUUUUCCUAUUAUAAAUCCUGUUACUGAUGUAAGUUUGGAAAGAGGGGGUUCUUCCCCAGUAUGUCCCUCAUUUCAUAAGACGGCCAUGUUUAGUGAACAUU